UCAAGCAACCAAAGAAAGAAUAUUUAAGCCAAAAAUAAAUCAGCAAGCGACGUAUGCCGUGACGACAACUGUGAUAAACCAAAUGAGAUUCCGGUGGCGCCUCACACGGCGGUGCGAAAGAAUGAGCGCCGCGUGAUAAUUCCCCAAGAUUGAGAAUUUGAGAAAAAUGACGGGAUCCAAGUUUUGUCGAGUAACAUGCAUGCUCAACAAACUCUCUUCAAUGUCACAAUUGAAACAAAUCCAAGCUAUAAUCACAAAAUCAGGUCUUCACUCCCACAUUUCAUUCAUAACCAAACUCAUUUUCUUUUCAGCACUUUCUCCAAUGGGUAACCUUUCUCAUGCUUAUUCUCUUUUUCAACAAUCUUCUAUUGUUAUGCACAACAACAACAACCCCUUUAUUCCCAACACUUUGAUUCGUGCUUUUUCCAAUAGUUCUUUCCCUCUUCAAGCUUUGUAUAUUUAUAACCAAAUGCAAUACAACAAUGUUGUUUCUGAUUGUUAUACUUACAAUUUUGUUCUUAAAGCUUGUUCUAGAGCUUAUAAGUUAAUACAAGAAAGUGGUAGUUUUGAUGAUGAUGCUGAUGAUGAGGUUGUUGUUUUUAAUAAAGGUGUUGAGAUUCAUUGUAGAGUUAUUAAAAUAGGGUUUGAAAAUGAUUCUUGUAUUCAAAAUUCGUUGCUUAAUAUGUAUUCGCAAUGUGGGUUGGUCUCGGUUGCACGCCAGUUGUUUGAUCAAAUUAAAGAUACAAGUUUGGUUUCUUGGAAUAUUAUGAUAUCGGCGUAUGAUCGUAUUGAAGAUUAUGAAUCGGCAGGUUACCUUUUUGAAACAAUGCCGCAUAAGAAUGUUGUUUCGUGGAAUAUCUUGAUUGGAAGAUAUAUUAGGUUAGGUAAUGUUGAGGCUGCAAGGAGAGUGUUUGGUUGUAUGCCGGAGAGGGAUGCGGUAUCGUGGAAUUCUAUGAUUGCUGGUUGUGUUUCUGUUAAGGAUUAUGCUGGAGCGUUGGAACUGUUUUCUGAGAUGCAAAAUGCUGGAGUAAAACCGACAGAAGUAACACUUAUAUCGAUCCUUGGUGCCUGUGCUGAAACUGGUGCAUUGGAGACAGGUUGCAGAAUACACGAGUCCCUUAAAGUGUGUGAGCAUAAGAUCGAAGGUUAUUUAGGUAAUGCGUUUGUGAAUAUGUAUUGUAAAUGUGGGAAUUUGAGCUUGGCUCGGGAAAUAUUUAACGGGAUGAGGAUGAAAACUGUGAGUUGUUGGAAUGCUAUGAUAAUUGGUUUGGCUGUCCAUGGUUAUUGUGAGGAGGUUUUCCAAUUAUUUUCAGAGAUGGAAGAGAGUCUCGAUAAUAGUAUUAGGCCGAAUGGGCUGACAUUUACUGGUGUUUUGGUUGCUUGUAGUCAUAAGGGAUUGGUUGAUAAAGCAAGAUGGUAUUAUGAUCAUAUGGUAAAUAAGUACAAAAUUGUGCCCAAUAUAAAGCAUUAUGGUUGCAUGGUUGAUCUUUUAAGUAGAUGGGGUUUGUUGGAAGAGGCUUAUCAGAUGAUUAAGACCGCCCCUUUCACUAAUAGUGAUGUGUUGUGGAGAACAUUGCUGGGUGCUUGUAGGAAACAAGGUAACAUGGACUUGGCUGUGAUAUCCUUCCAACAACUUGCCAAGGAGCAACUAACCGAUGGAGAUUACAUGUUGUUAUCUAACAUUUAUGCUGAAGCUGGAAGAUGGGAUGAGGUUCAGAGAUUGAGGAGUGAAAUGGGUUACUUGCAUGUUCCUAAGCAAGCUGGCUAUAGCCAAAUCAACAUGAAUGUAUCUGUCAGGCUUUCCUAAACAAACCAUUGGCCUCUUUUGAUGAGUUAAGCUAAAGACAUUUUUUAGUCAGCCAUGUGCCCUUAUAUGAAGUUAAAAUUCUUUAGUUAUGCUAGAGAAUUGGAUUGGCAUGAAGACUGUGGAUGAAACUGAGAAUCUUAAAUUCAGUUCCACCAUCAUCUAGGAGGUGUCAAAGGAAGGCCCAAAAGACGAAGGAAGGAUGGCAGUGCGGCACCAAUGAGUACUACUAAGCCGAGAAUGUCAUAUUCUGAAAUCACCUAUUCGAGAUGUGGCGGUGUCCAAAGCAUAACAUGAAAGGGUGUGUGGUAAUGAAUUGAAGGGUUACCAAAUACCAAUAAGGCCAAAAAAAAAAGAAAAAAGGAAACUGUUUGCUCAACCACAGGCUAAGCCACAUUCCCAGCCGAUGAACCACAGAUUGAAGCUCGUCCUCAGGUAGAGCAAGUAACACUCACAAAUUCCUAUAUUGAUCAAGUGAUACAUUUUAUCCUAUGUGUAUAUUGAUAGAGUGAAACAUUUUAGCCUAUGUGCGUUUUGUUCUGCAUUGAUUGAUUGAAUUAAUUUUGUAAAAAUGAAUUGAACAAUAAAUUUAAAUGUAAAAAUCAUGUUUGGUGUCAAAAGUUACAAUUACAAAUCAUAGCUUUA